AAUAAUCCUAUUGUGUUUGUGAUGACCUGUGUGUGGAAAUUAGAUUGUUACGCGUAAUAGAGUACUAUUGAGUUCAUUUGAUUCCAAUAGUGAAUAAUAGGUAAAAAUGAGUUUCCUGGGAAAAUUAUUCGGCGGCAAAAAAGAUGAAAAAGGCCCUUCGACGCACGAAGCUAUUCAAAAACUACGCGAGACAGAAGAACUUUUAGUAAAAAAACAGGAAUUUUUGGAGAAGAAAAUCGAAGUUGAACUUGCAACUGCCAGGAAAAAUGGCACAAGUAACAAGCGAGCUGCAAUUGCCGCAUUGAAACGUAAGAAGAGGUAUGAGAAACAACUUACACAGAUAGAUGGGACUCUCACUCAGAUAGAGGCUCAGAGGGAGGCAUUAGAAGGUGCUAACACGAAUGCCCAGGUUCUCAACACUAUGAGGGAUGCAGCCAAUGCUAUGAAACUGGCACACAAGGAUAUCGAUGUAGACAAGGUGCACGACAUUAUGGAUGACAUCGCGGAGCAACACGACAUCUCCCGAGAGAUCACGGAGGCUAUCAGUAACAACGUGGCGUUCCCCAACGAUAUCGACGAGGACGAACUGGAGAAGGAGCUCGAGGAGUUGGAACAGGAGGAAUUAGACAAGGAAAUGAUUGGUAUCAAUGUACCAUCGGACAGCUUACCCGAUGUGCCAACCUCUGAGCUUGCCGAAGAGAAACCGAGGCCAAGCAAGUCCAAAGAAACCGAGGAUGACAAGGAAUUCGCCCUACUCAAAUCCUGGGCCACAUAAGAUGUGCUCAUCAUUUUGUCGCAUGCUUUUGAUGUACUCUCGUGCAUCUGCAGUUUCCUGCGAGAAUUGCUUACACAAGUCGAUAGAUGUCGCUAAGCAUAAAAGUUACAUUAAGUUUCAACUUCGCGUAAAAUUAACCAGAUCUGUAUAAUACUUAUUUUUAUUCAUCAAAUUAGUUAUAAAGCUUAAUAAACUUUUAUUUCAGUUUCUCGGAAAAUUCUUGAUUUUUCUCUAGGCUACUAUACUAUACUAUACCCGGGUAGGGGGGUUAAUAGUUUGGGCCUAUAAAGAAUUCCAAUACAUAAUCUUUUAUGUUUUAAAUUAUUUCAAAAGCUCUUUAUAUCUUUUUUAAAUUAUUUAAAUGGUUCAAGAGUAUCUUAAAAAAUAGAUUGUAUGUUGUUAUUAUUGUGAACGAAUAUGUUCACUAUAAAUAUGACCAUAUGCCAAGGGCGUGCAAUGGUUUUCUAGCAUGGUAGGCACUGUGGAUCUAACAAGUCGUAGUUGAGCUUUGGAAUAAACAAAGAUUGCUUACCGUGGGUGUUUAGUAUCGAGCGUUAGGAAUAAUUUUAUGAGUGGAUGUUCAAUAGAAACUUUAACACUAAUGCUAUAUUAUAGACAUUCAGUCUCGUGCCAGAUUUUGGCGAGACAACACGUCCUGAGGAUGCCUCGUGUAGAUACGAAACACGUGUCGAAUUGUUGAAAGACAAAUAUUGGUGGAAUUAACGCUAAAGAAAACUCAAAUCAUUUGUAACGCCUACUUCAAUAUUUUUUUUUUCAUAAAGAGUAUUCACUGCCUAAUUGCCUAUAUGAUAUGCACGCCCCUGCCAUAUGCAUAGUAAAUGUUAUCACUUCAGCCAGAGGAUCUGGCAGGACAUAAUUUCCAUCAGAAUCAAUUUAAGCCUCCUCAACUUAGGAACAUACUCACUUACAUGGAAGGAGUGCAGAAGAGAUCCCGUGGUACAAACAUGGUACGGGUGAGCAAAGGAUACAAUAUAUAAUAUAUAGGGACAUUAAAUUAACCCGGAAACUCCUUUUGUAGAGAUAAUAACAUUAUUGAUAAGUUUUAAUGACUAACAAAAAUUAUAUACUUAUUUUUAACUAUUUUUUUUUUGAUUGUUUCAAUUAUUUCAUUAAAAAUCUGUGUUUCAACAGCUAUAAAACAAAAAUAUUCAAGACAAAAAUAUUACGAAUUUAAUAUUUAUAACAUACACUAAAUUCUAAAUAUGUUAGUAAAAAUUUGAAGUAACAAUAAUAUUUUAAUCAUUAGUUAUAAAAGCCACUUCGUACAUUACAAGCAAUGCAAUAUUCAUCCCAUGGCUUUAAUUUGGUAUUAGAAGCUGUUGAAUAUUUACAAAAAAAAGUAAUACCUACUUUAAUAGUUGGAGUUGUGUUAAAAUUAUUGGAGUGAAACAUUUUAACGAAUUAUUAUCAGACUUGUAAGUGUAAAAUAUCAGAAAGUAACUUUCUCAUUUCAAAACAAUUCUUUUUGUAUAAACAUUUCUUAUGUAAACAGAAUUAGUGGAAUGUAAUUUCUAUGAAAAAGUGAAAUCAAAUGGGAUUUGGAAUUCAAAAAAGUGGUGGAUGUAAGCAAGUAGAAAAUGAGGUUUUAUCCAAAUUAAGAUAACAUGUAAUCUUCUAUCAGCGCCAUCUAUUAACCGAAAGCGUAAGCUACCUACUGGAAAAAGAUCCUAAAAAAAUCAGAUUAUACAUGUGAAGGCCUUGAAGGAGGGAUAAAAAAAUACAAAAAAAUGUUAAUAAUAAAAAAGUAUAGAUCAGUUCCAUGUAGACAGUUAAAAUAUAGUUUAAUUAUACUAUGUCUAUAACUACAUACCUACUAUUGUAACAACUGUUUAGGGAGAGAGUAAUUUAAGUCCGUUAAAUUUUAUUAAUACUAUCGAUUUUAUAUUUUUUGUUAGUUCAUUUGUGCUUACGAAGUAAUUUAAAUUAACAUUAUUAGCGAAGUACAGUCAGCGUCAAAAAUAUAGUAGUAUAAAAAAACAUGGCAACACCCAUCGUUACCUAUAUCGAUUCAUCGAAAGUGUCCAAAUAGAUGGCUUCAUCCAAAGUAGUCUAAUAUAUCGGGACACCAUAAAGGACUCUACCCACUACAACGUGUCAUUCCAUGACCGUGCUAUGAACGUGUCAGGCAAAAAAAUAUUCUCUGUAUUAAAAAGUAUGAGACCAUGCCACCACUAGCCCGUUCCGUUCCCGACCAGCACCGUAGCGUGCCAUGCACGGAGCAGCAAGUAUUGUUGGCGAGAAUAUUUUGCCGGUUGCGAUACGCUCUGUGCAUGACACGCGACGAUGCCACACCGGUGCGUGCAGGCGGCGAAACGGUGACCACCCGCGUUAUAACCGCGUAAGAUGGCCGUUAUAAACGCGUUGCCACUCUUCUCUUUCUAUUAGCCAUUUUGUUACCAUCGGACAUGGUAUGUGGACCCUCCCGUCUCUAAAAUCGUUACGCACGGACAUGUCACGCGGAUGAUAAUGAGAUGAUAUGCUGACGCUCCGGUCAUUAAAGCCGAUACAUACGACUUUGAUACGUAAUUGAUACGCUCUAGUGGGCAUAGUAGAGCGUAUCGUGUUGCUUGUCGUGUCUGAUACGUUGAUAGCACGGUCAUGGUAUGAUACGUUGUAGUGGGUAGAGUCCUUAAACGUCAUAAACUUAGAUACAUUCAAAGCACCAAAUGUAUCGCUACGCACAAAUCGCUAAAAUAUAGAACCAUCCAAAGUGUUUAAAAUUAUCUUUCGGAGUAAAUUUUAUAGGAUUCAAAUUAGAUGUUUUUGAAUAUAAUGGGUGACACUGUCUUUUUGACGGUGACUGUACAUAAGUUGUUUUAUUUUUAAUAUGCGUCAAUUUAAGCUUAUUACUACUAUGUCGAGAUAAUUAUUUACCUGACCCUGAUAAAAAUUUGGAGCCCUUUUGCAGUAAAAAGUUUAUUUGUAUAUAUCUUAACCCUUAUAAUAUGAAUAGCUAAUUUAUUUUAUUAUAAUCAAUUCUGAAAUUUGCCCGUCUUAAGAAAAAUUGGCUAGGGCAAAGGGAAGUGACCCUACUAUCCACAAUUAAUAUCAAUUUUCAAUAAUCAUAUUAUUAGAAAUCGGUUAGGACGAAACUUCAAUGAAUGCUCAAAGAAGAAGACCACGAAAUUGCCACUUAUGAAAAUCAAAGCUAAGAAACUCACCAUCACUUCAGAAUCGUUGAGCACAAGUGAACUGUGGCAAAAAGCUUAUAGCUACCCUGAAGAACUCGGGCCCCACCUGAACUAACAGAGCGUCUCAUCUUUAGUUAAAUACUCUAAGAUUCAUAAAGGGUUGGUGAUAAUUUUUGAGCUCGGCACUGCUAGAAGUAAGCGACAAUGGCUUGUACCUAUAGUAAUUGUAUGAUAUGUAUUAAAUGCCUUAUAUACACUAACUUCUCUAGUAUAAAUAUUGAAAGCGUUGUAUAAAGUGGGAAAUAGUUGGUCAUUAAUAAAUUGUGAUUAAAUUAUUAUAUAUAGUUGUCAUAAUA